CAUAUAUGGCAUAAAACACACUGUGCUGAUGACAUGGAAAUUCAAGCUUCAAGGUAAAAUGAAAAAGUGUGAGCUCUGUGAUUCUUUAGCAAAGAUGUACUGCGAAUCAGAUCAAGCCAUCUUGUGCUGGGAUUGUGAUUCCAGAGUUCAUGUUUCCAAUUUUCUUGUUGCUAAACAUCUAAGAACUCUUCUCUGUCACCUCUGUCAGUCUCCGACGUCCUGGACUGGCUCUGGACCGAAGCUCGCCCCGACUGUUUCCGUUUGCGAGGAUUGCGUCAAUCGAAAUGAUUCCAAAGAGGAGAUAAACAACAAAGGAACACGCGAUAAAGACAAUGAAGAUGAUGAUGUCGAUGAGGAGGACAGUAGUGACGACAAUGAUGGCGGAGACAGUGAAGAAAAUCAAGUUGUUCCAUUAUUAUCUACUAUGCCGCCGGUAUCCCGUUCUUCAACGAGCGAAGAAUGUUUGGCCGGGUUUCGCAAGGACAGCCAUGAAAAAUACAUCCAUUGA